CCGUUCUUUGUUUGUCCGACAAACAUCCCACGGCCCUAUCCAGUCCUGUGACUCCUGUCAACCUCCUUCCCCUUCAAUUCCCCAUGAAUGCAUACUAGAUCUUCUCAAACGAAGUCCGACUUCCUCAAAGCGAGGUGAUCAUGGGGGUAGAUCGAUAUCAGCGCUCAAGACUAUCAAUUUGGAGCUGGAAUUCACAUUCGGGGUCACCACUCAAGCCUUUUCAGUUUUCAAGGGCGUCCUAACGCGGAAUAUUCAAUCCGUGACAUCUUGAAUGGACGCGUCAAAGCCGGUUCCCUGGGCUGUCCUGAAUAGGGCCAGACCUUUUGAAAGAUACCGGCAGCCAUUGUACACCGAGUCACGCGAACGUCAACAGGUCACAGCAUGAAUCGGGGCUUUGACGGUAGCGAGCUAUCAUUAUGCAUCAUGCACCAGACUCGCACACCAGUUUGUACUAAAAGACCUUCGGAUUCGUGCUACUCUCCCCAUCUCUGAGGAACUUUGGCCUACAUCUUUUGCCUUUCCAAUUCCCAUGUACCCAAAACUCGUCGCUCUUGAUACAGACUGGACCCUCUUUUGGGGUUGGCUCAACGUCAACGAAUGGGGUAAGGGUCCGGGUGCGUAUGUCCCUACAGAAGACAACAUCGAGAAGAGGAACUAUUGGGAAAUUCAAGACCGAACCAAUCACAGCAGAGCCUGCGGCAUGUUUGCUGAUGUGCCGAAGAUAAUACAGGAUAUCUUGAAGAACGGGGCAAAACUGGCCAUUGUCUCUCGGAAUACGAGCAAAGCCAUGUGUGACAGGGCCCUUUGGCACUGGACUAUCCAGGAUCACCAUGGGAAAGACAAGCGGGUCAUCGAGCUCGUUAAGUUUGACGAAGUGUACGAUGCCGAUAAAACGACCCACUUCCGUAGGAUCAAGGGCUGGACAAACUUUGACUAUUCCGACAUGAUCCUCUACGACGAUGAGGCGAUUAACAACACCGUUGAGAUGAUGCUCGGCGUGACUUUUCAGGUUUCGCGAGAUCAAAAGGGUCUGACCUGGGACAACUAUCAGGAGGGACUGGAUGUAUGGCGACGAACCAAAGCUAUCCACAGCCCAUGGCGUGGAACAGCCUUGAACAGUUACCCCAAGAGAAAGCUCAUUGGAUUUUCGGGGAUGGACAUGGGAACUAUCCAACAACUUGAAGCUGGAGGGAGACGAACCGAUAGGAAAGAAGCUGCGAGAUGGGGCUUUGCCAUGUAUGUGGCGGACGAACCUCGGGUGGCAAUCUGGUUCAACCAGUGGAUCAAAACUUACUUCCCCGGGGUCGCAACCGCGGUUUGUGCUAUCUACGCUCGAGAUGGGGAUAUAUGGGAUCGAAUGAAUAAGAUUUGGGUGCCUGACAGUCGCAACGAUCUCAAGCAAAACAGGACGUCAGAUUUCAUGCUCGGCUGGAGCGAGGAGGAUCGAAAUCGUCAAGUAAGGCAGUGGGGGGUGAAGAGGCCCUAUGUCCUCUUCUCGCGACAUCCGAACAUGGGCGGGACCUUUCCCGUGGCCGGACGGUUUAACGAACUUGUGAUUUAUCCACAGGUUCAGGAAAACCUGAUCUUGGCGGUCCGCAUGUCAGACAAUGAACUGAGGUCUGCGAGCAAUGUCUAUUAUGAAGGGAAGAUUCGUGAGUGGAACAUAACGAUUCCUCAAGAAACCCGAAACGACUUUGCGAUAAACCGUGAAAACAUCGGCUGAAGUGACCUCGUACGUACAGUACGGAAUGGUGGUGAUGUACUAGUAUAGUCUGUAGUAUUUAGAUAUUGUCCUCUUCAAUGAUGAAAAAUAUCGGUCGAUUCAAACA